AUGACAAAAAUACCUUUACAACUAUUAGCACACUUGAUUAGAAGACAAUGUGUCUCAACGGACAACAAUGUUCUUCUUUUCAACAUCGAAGGUAACAUUGUGGAGUUUGGACUGCGAGAUUUUUGUUUGAUUACAGGAUUAAAUUGUGGUGAAUAUCCUAUAGAAGAUGUUUUAGAUGCAACGGAAGAAAAUGAGUCUAUGGUUAAACAAUUGUUUUUUAGAAAUAACACUUCCAUUAGUAGACAAGAAUUGAAGACUGCUUUUAACUAUCACUGUAAAUCCUGCACCGAUGAAGAAGAGCUAGUAAAAUUAGCCAACCUUUACUUCUUGUACAAUGUUUUAAUUCCUAAACAAAAUCACAAUAUGUUGGAUUUAAAACAUGUAAAGAUGUUGGAUGAUAAAGAGAAGUUUAGGAAUUAUCCUUGGGGAAGGUUGUGCUUCAGUCUUACAAAGCAAUUCAUUCAAAAUGCGGUGAAAUCCAAAAGAAAGUCUAAGAACUUAGAAACAGAAUCUAAAGCGUGUGCCUUUCUACAAGGCUUCCCUAUGGUUCUAGCUUACUGGGCAUACGAAAUACUUCCUCAACUUGCUAGUGGGUAUGUGACAAGAAUAGGGAAAGGGUGUCCAAGAAUAUUAAAUUGGGAAUCCAGUGAACAACUCGAUUGGCAAGAUCUUGAAGAUAACAUCUUUCUGGAAAAAAAUCUAUCUGUGGUCCCCAUUGUUGCAUCAGAAGAAGAAAUGAAAUCUGAGUACUUCAGAUAUUUUUUGGAAUUAGAAAAUGAUAAAUUGGAUGAAGAAGCAUGUGCUAUGAAGGAAAGCAAUAUGGCAGAAAGAAUAUCUUCUUUACAUGAAGAUAUUCAAGAUUUAAAAAAACAGCACAAAGAAGAUUUAGAGUGCUUGAAGAAGGGACAAGAGGAGAUUGUUCGUUUGUUACUUUCACUGACAGAAGUGGUAAAUCAAAGACUUUCGCACAAAUGUGAAAGUGAAAAACAAUCUCAAGAGCCCUUGGAAAAGAAUCCUCCUCCACCAAUAAGUUUAGAAAUGAUUGAUGCUGAUGUUGAUAAAGAGAAAGAGAUUGAAGAUAAUGAGGAAACCGAGGAAGAUGAUAAUCAUCGUGAAAAUAAGUCAAAAAUGGUUGUUCAAGAAAAGGCAAAAGUGAAAAUUAUGGAAAUAGCGACGAAUAUUGAAAAAGCUAGGCCGAAGAGACAACCUAAACCAUCAAAGAAAGUGUUGGAGAAUGUGAAAGAACAAAAGAAUGUAAGAGGCAAGAAGAAUGAUUCUCCAAAACCAACAAGAUAUUCUCCUAGAAUAAGGGAUCUAGCACCUAGUUUUGAUUUGCAAAUCUCUCAAUUAUAA